AUGUUUCUCUCGUGGUGGAUGGUUUUCCUUUUACUCCUUGAAUUUGCAAUUGGCCAAAUAAAUAUUGAAGCCUUGGUUCCAGAAACAUUGGUAACCUUAUCAGCAUCAGAUGAUACUCAAACCACAACCGCAAUCCAGACUCUGAUUCCCCUACUGGCCGAUACUUCCGCAGCUCCCAGCUCUCCAUCUACAACAGAGCUCCCAUUCCCGUCUUCUUUGACACAAACAUUACGCAGUCUUAGUGAAAAUGAUUCCCAAGUCACUUCAACCACUUCCAGCACAAGCAAGAUUCAGACUUCAGUUCCGCCCUUGAGUACUCAAGCCUCCCCAAAGGAAAUAGGAUUCAGCACACCAGGCCAGUUCAAGAUCCAGAUUCUCAACGCUCAAAAUUGGUAUAGAGCUGCACAUGGAGCACUGCCUUUUGUUUGGAAUGAUACACUGGCUGAUUCCAGUUCAAAAUGGGUCGCAGGAUGUGUAUGGAAUCCUGAGUCAACUCCUGGCAUAGGAAAAUCAUUUGUAUCUGUUAUACCCACCAGUGUCUUCGGAAUCGUCAACUACCUAGGAUUGGAACGCCAGUUUUAUAAUUGGUCAGAACCAGGACCGACGAAUUCUACAAAACAGUUUACGCAGAUGGUGUGGAAGAGCACGAAGUCUGUUGGGUGUGCUUGGAAUAAUUGCCCACCUGGUUCAUCACCAGACCCCGCUACACCUGGAGUUUCCCUGUUUCUCCUAUGUCAAUACUAUCCCAAAGGCAACCAGGGGACUACCACAGACUGGAAAAAUAAUGUGGGAGAGCUAGGAUCUAGAAGUCUAGGGGAAGGUGUCAUUGCUGCUGAUGGUUUUGGGCUGAGUAGUCUAAAUACUACAACUACUGCCAGCAGCGGAAUACGUGCAACCGGUGCAUCAAGUACAACAAGUAGUCUUUCCACAGCUGCUACCGGAAAAGAUCUUGAAAGUCUGGCUAAGAAGCUGGAUCACGGUCUGUUUACGAUGGUCAUCAGCUCGGCUAUUGUCAUGGUUUACUUGUCUGAUGUCCUUUCGCUUUGA